CCAGCCUCAGUGUUCUGUCAUGGCGCCGUCCAGUUCGCAAGCCGGUGUGAAGGGACGGGAUGCUAGGGUUUUUGUUGGCACGACAAGCGGGUUUGGACGACCCUGUUCGCCUUCGGAGAGCGGAGUCCACACGGAGGGUUUUGGGACUGGAGUUAAACAAAGACAGAGAUGUUGAAAGGAUCCAUGGCAGUGGAGUUAACACCCUUGACAUUGACCCUGUUGAAGGGAGAUACAUGUUAUCAGGUGGUUCAGAUGGUGUGAUGGUGCUUUAUGAUCUUGAGAACUCCAGCAGACAACCUUAUUACACAUGUAAAGCAGUGUGUUCCAUUGGCAGAAGCCAUCCUGAUGUUCACAAAUAUAGUGUGGAGACUGUACAGUGGUAUCCUCAUGACACUGGCAUGUUCACAUCAAGCUCAUUUGAUAAAACUCUGAAAGUAUGGGAUACAAAUACGUUACAAAUUGCAGAUGUAUUUAAUUUUGAAGAAACAGUUUAUAGUCAUCAUAUGUCUCCAGUUGCCACCAAGCACUGUUUGGUAGCAGUUGGUACUAGAGGGCCCAAAGUACAACUUUGUGACUUAAAGUCUGGAUCCUGUUCCCACAUUCUACAGGGUCACAGACAAGAAAUAUUGGCAGUUUCCUGGUCACCGCGUUAUGAGUAUAUCUUGGCAACUGCAAGUGCUGACAGUAAAGCAAAAUUAUGGGAUGUGAGGAGAGCAUCAGGAUGUUUGAUUACUCUUGAUCAGCAUAAUGGGGAAAAGUCACAAGCAGUUGAAUCAGCAAACACUGCUCAUAAUGGGAAAGUUAAUGGCUUAUGUUUUACAAGUGAUGGGCUUCACCUCCUCACUGUUGGUACAGAUAAUCGAAUGAGGCUCUGGAAUAGUUCCAAUGGAGAAAACACACUAGUGAACUAUGGAAAAGUGUGUAAUGACAGUAGAAAAGGAUUGAAAUUCACUGUCUCCUGUGGCUGCAGUUCAGAAUUUGUUUUUGUACCAUAUGGUAGCACCAUUGCUGUUUAUACAGUUUACUCAGGAGAACAGAUAACUAUGCUUAAGGGACAUUAUAAAAGUGUUGACUGCUGUGUAUUUCAGUCUAAUUUCCAGGAACUUUACAGCGGUAGCAGAGACUGCAAUAUUCUUGCUUGGAUACCAUCCUUACAUGAAUCAGUUCCUGAUGAUGAGGAGACUUCAACCAGAGCACAGUUAAAUCCAGCAUUUGAAGAUGCCUGGAGCAGCAGUGAUGAGGAAGGAUGACUAUCAUUCUUAGUACCUUUUUGUCUCUAUUGAUGAAACUUUUAAAACAGGACUGUUUUAUUUUUUUAACUGUCCAGUGACAGCUAAAUUAGCCCUGAAUUUGGGUGGUUUUUUUCCUUUUAUUUUAAAAUGAAGUUAAUAGUUGCAUGAAAUCCUGCAACAGAGUUCCAUAUAGUUUAUUUAAUCAGAACAUGUCUCCUUGAUCCCAGUUGCUGUUGUCUGCCGCAGCCCGUAUAGCUGUAGUAGAAGGAGACAGGUCAUGGUAGCCCCUUUGUGGGAACUUGAGCAGAUUGUGUGAACAAUAAGAUGCAGUCUUAGAGGAUGAGCACGUAGAGGUUAUCAGCACUGCCUUUCUUCUGCUGGUUGUACCAUCACCUUGCUCAUUUUCACUUUCAAGAAUGAUUUUACUGAGGAUUAUAUCAAAAAGUAUAGUUGAGAAGUUAACAUCCAAAUUUGUUUAUUAUUAUUUAUGUAUUCCGUUUUUGCAAUGAUUUCAUUUACUUAACCGUUGUCUAGCUUUAUGUUAAAUUUUCUUGAACUCAUUGCCUUCCACAAUCUAAAAAGUGCAUCACAGGAGGUAUUUAACUUAGGGAAAAUACCAUGUUUCCUUUAUUUUAAUGCAUCAGAUGGCAGCUUAAACUGCUCUUCUAUGAAUCUGUUUAAGAUGUGACCAAGUCCUACUUCAUUCAUCAAAGCAGAAAAUAUCCUGGCAGGGAAUUUGGCUUAAACAUGAAAUGUCAUAAAAUUUCUAUUUUAUUUUCCACUCUUCUUGUGUCAUAACCCACAAGUGAUUAUCAUGAACCUAAUCUUAUAUUCCCUUUCUUUCUGAUUCUAUCAAUAGGAGGCUAGUUAAAGAGGUUUUUGUGAGCUUGAAUACCAAGUAUCUAGUUGUUGAGUUUUUAAGUGUGUGUUAGGCCUCAUAUCAGACCUUUCUGGCCAAACGUUUUCCAUACGUUUACUUUAUAGUUGAUCUUCUUAAGCCCUGACCAUUUUACUCUCACUUUUUCUCACUUGGUGAGGAUUCUUAACAAUCUUUGAGAAUGCUAUUGAAAUUGGAAUUUUUUUUUAAUUUUAAGAAAAAAGGAGUCUUUCUCCAAACUUCAAAUACACAUAGGUAACUGGUACAUUUCGAAAAGGUCCAUCUGCUGGGGAUGUGGAAUGACUACCCUCCUAGAGCCAUGGGAUGAGUCUAAUCCACUGACUGGGCAGCGCCAACAACCAGUGAGGCCUUAUCAGUACCUCGUGUCUGCGACGUUACAUGUUCCUGUAGGCAUCCAUAAAGCAUUUUCCUUUUCCCCUCUGAGCUUUUCUGAGUCAAAUCUCAGCCUGUUCCUCAAAGUAGUCGGAGAUGGCUGCACCUGAGCACUCACCUGUGUGCUGUGGGCCAUUUGUGGGUUUGGUGUGAGGGCCUUCUCAGGAGAUCAUGGCUCCCCACAAGCAUUGUUCAGGUCACAAGCUUCUCUGCUAUGUCUGCUUCCUGCUGUCGCAAGCAAUCCAUUCCCCACACUAGUAGGGUAUAAGAGGUCCCAUCCCUGGAGACCGUGGCUCAGUGUUUAAUGAAGAAGGAGAGGAGGGGAAAGGAGCACCAGGUUCCAGCAUGUCCCCCGCCAAGACCUGAAGAGUUGAUCCAAUUAAUUUUAAACAUACAAAGCCCUGGUCCAUGCAUAUGGGCCCUCAUAAGAGCUGCUGCUUAUCAACAUGCAAAGAGUCUCAUGCUCAAAACAAAAAAUGUAAAAGGUGAAGUUGAUGCCACCGUUGCUUUCCUAGAUGUAGACCCUAGCCCCUCUAAGGUUGAUUAGGACACCCUAGAGAAGGGGGGGCGCUGCUUACAGAGAGGCCACUACCGACCAAUAGGAGCUUAUCAGGUGAACACCCAACAGAAAAAAAAAGGAAAAGUUUUAGUCAUCUAGAGGUACAAGCCAUUCUGUAAGUUUUAAAAAAAAAAGGUGGCAGUGUGAGGAAGGGACUGAUGAUUCCUUGGACAGGGGCAAUCCCGGGGGUAAGUUGCCCAGAAGCACCUGGCCCCUUCAGCCUCCCUUUUUUCCUCUUAUUAGCCAGAAAAAGAAAGUAAAGACUGCACCUUCAGGGUGCAAAAGCCUGAAACAGGAAGAGAACAGAAAAACUGACUGCCACUUUAGGUGGAUACAAGCUCAAGGGGAGAAAAAAACAGGAACUUUAAAUCUUAGGUACUAAGCAAACACCAAUCUAGCAAACAUAAUGCUAAUUGUAGAUUACGUAAUGAUUUAAAAGCAAAAACAGAAAAUAAAAGGUAAUUGAAUAAUAUAUACAUAAAUAUAAUAUUAAAGCAAAGUUUUAUAAUUUGAUGUAAUUGUAAAUCCAAAAUUUAUAUACUAAAUGAAUAUAUUAAAGAAUUUAUAUAGCAAUAAGAUUAAAAUGCCACCUUAUGAUGGAUUACUACAACGUUAAUGGUGUGGUCCCAUCCAUUGGGGCCCCCAUACUCAAUAUCCAAUGUUAUUUCUUUUAAAUUUUAUUAAAGUAUAAUUGAUUUACAA